AUACCAUUAAGGACCAUUAAUGAUAACAGUUUAAAUGAUUACCUGACGGUUCAUAAUGGUAUUUGUAGAGGAAGCCAUUCGACUUCAUUUGAUGGUUUGUGUUGUUUUGUGUUUCAGCGGGUUAGCAUUAGAUGUAGCUGUAGCAUAGCAUUAUGUGGCUACAGUACUAUGAAAUUCAUCGACUGUCUGGCUGGCAUACGCAGUAACUCUGUGGGUUUAUACACUACAUGUCUUUAUGGAGACUAAAGACAGUUUUAAUCCAGACAGUGGGGACAUUUCUUUUCCCGAAAAGUUUUCCUUUUGUUGCUUCGGUUAGCGGGUAAGUAAAGCAUAGCUAGCUACAACAAUACAAACAAAACAGCAUUAAAAGCAGUUUAAUGCUACUCCGUGUGUGAGGAUUAACAGAAGGUGGAGGGUGUGUGUGUGUGUGUGUGUGUGUGUGUGUGUGUGUGAGAGAGAGAGAGAGAGAGAAACUGCGGACUCUGGCCUUGAGGAGGUUGUAGACGUUGUAAGAAGGAGUAUAAAAGAGCACGUCCUGACUCGCAGUGUUAUUUGAUGGUGCUGAGACUAGAAAAACAACAAGUCCACCCAGAAACUCCUGCCCUCAAAAUGAGCGUAACCCGAGAUGACAAAAAUUUAUCUGUGGAGCUCAAGGAACAUACUGAAAACGCGGCUUUUCAGGAUGAUGAAGAGGACUACACGAGUCCCGGGCAGGAGCAGCGCGUCCCGGGGAGAGCUGGAGAGGCGGAAAGCGCGUACACGCAGAUUAAACCGUACGCCGGGAUGCCCAAAGAAGUGCUGCUGUUAUACUCCAGUCAGGCUCGAUACCGCGUACCGAGAGAAAUCCUCUUCUGGCUGACGGUGGCGUGCACCCUGGCGCUCAUCGCGCUCACCAUCACGCUCAUAGUCCUCUCUCCAGCCUGCCUGAGCUGGUGGCAAAGCACGCCGGUGUAUCAGAUCUACCCCCGCUCAUUCAGAGACUCCGACGGGGACGGUGUCGGAGACCUCAACGGCAUCAAAGAAAAACUGAGCCAUUUUCAGUACUUAAACAUCAAAGCAAUCUGGAUCAGCCCUAUCUAUAAGUCUCCCAUGAAGGAUUUUGGCUACGAUGUGGAAGACUUCAGGGAUGUCGAUCCUCUCUUUGGAACCAUGGCAGACUUUGAUGACCUGCUGUCCAACAUGCAUAACAUGGGUCUGAAACUGAUAAUGGACUACAUUCCCAACCACACUAGUGAUAAGCACAUCUGGUUCCAGCUCAGCCGUAACCGCACUGAAUACUAUUCUGACUUCUAUAUCUGGGUGAACUGCACUGAGGACAAACCGCCUAACAACUGGGUGAGUGUGUUUGGGAACUCGGGCUGGACGUAUGACCCAGUUCGUGGGCAGUGCUACUUUCAUCAGUUCCUCAAAGAGCAGCCAGAUCUCAACUUCCGUAACCCCGAUGUCAUAAAGGAGAUGACGGACGUUAUCCAUUUCUGGUUAAAGAAGGGGGUGGAUGGAUUCCGCAUGGACGCUGUCAAGCACAUGCUCGAAGCGACGCAUUUGAGGAACGAACCCCAGGUUGAUCCUGAACAACCUCCUGAGACUGUGAAUAAGGAAUUUGACCUGUACCAUGACUAUACAUACACGCAGCUAGGCCUGCACGACAUCCUUCGAAAAUGGAGAGUAGACAUGGAUGAAUACAGCAGAGAACCAGGACGCUACCGUUUUCUGGUGACAGAGUCAUAUGACUAUGAAGAAAUUGAAAAAACCAUGAUGUACUAUGGAACCCAUUUUGUUAAAGAGGCCGAUUUCCCCUUUAACUUUUAUCUGCUGGACCUCCCGGACGGCCUGUCUGGAUUGAGAGCAAAGGAACUGGUUGAACUCUGGAUGUCAAAUAUGCCCAAAGGGAAAUGGCCAAACUGGGUGGUGGGGAAUCAUGACAAGCCACGCAUGAGCUCCAGGGCUGGUCAGGAAUAUGUCCGCGUUGUCAACAUGCUGCUGUUAACAUUACCUGGAACCCCCACCACAUACUAUGGAGAGGAGAUUGGCAUGGAGAAUGUUAAUGUUUCUGUGAUCCAGGAUCCUUUUGGAAAGUUCGACCCAACUAAAAGUCGGGAUCCUCAGAGGACACCCAUGCAGUGGAACAGCAAUCUUAAUGCUGGCUUUAGUGAUGGCAAGAACGGUACCUGGUUGGACGUAGGUCCAAACUUCACCACCAUCAAUGUGGAGGUUCAGAAGGCUAACCCUGCCUCAGUGCUGGAGCAGUAUCGCACUCUGGCUCUGCUCAGAGAAAAGGAGAUAGCACUGACUCGAGGCUGGUUCUGCUACGUCUGGGCAGAUGGUAACGUGUUUGCCUUCUUGCGUGAGCUGGAUGGACUGAACCAGGCUUUUCUGGUACUCCUGAACUUUGGUGAAGAUACCGAAACAAACCUCUCAUCUGUUAGCGAGCUGCCAGAUCAUCUGACUGUUCACUUCAGUACACAACCUGAGACUGCGAGCAGCUUCUCCAAAUCCAAAAUCAGAACCUCAAAGGGCCAGGGACUGCUGCUUAAGUACUCCACCAGUAAGCGCUUUCACCCCAACCAUGAGUCCGAGUGUUACGUCUCUGAGAAAGCAUGUUUCCUAAGUGCCGUUAAUUUUAUGUACCAGUGCUGAGAAUGUGACAUGAAUACAAGCCAAGCCCCGCGAAGCUCAACUGCUGCCAUCUCAUUUGUAUUUUCCUAAAGAACUUUUACAUGUUAAAUAAAAAUGCACAUAUAUUCACUAGAAGUGCAUUUGUUAAAAUAAUUCACAUACUUUAUUCGUGAUUAUACUAGCUCAGAGUUCAGGAUAAUAUCAGAUUUCAUUGAGUUUUCCUCAUGAUUCAUUUCCACUUUUCCAUGGACACCCAGUCCCAGCGUCGUGUAGAGGAACGCUAACUGUCGAGCAAUCUGCAAGACAAAUGAAGUUAACACAACAUCAGCGUAAUUUCAUAAUUCAGUGUUUUACUGUGAAAAGGUGUUGUUAGUUAAUGCCUAACUCACGGCCAUAACAGACAAAAUUCUUACUGAGCCAAGUGAUAAUGAGUUACAGAAACUUUGCGCCUUUCUUAGAACAUUGUACUACACCAUCAAACAGUGGACUGAAUUAACCAUAUUUUGCAGUGUUACAACCUGGAACUGAAAUGGACUUCGAUUGUAUAAUAUGUCAUUAAUCUACACGUAAUAGCAGAUAAUACUGAAGCAGGAGGAAUCAAUAUAUUUAGCAAAAUUAUUUAUAAAUAAAAAGAUAUAAAAGUUU